AUGACAUCUCCACCUGAGAGGGUCAAGAUUCAGCCUGCCCAGACAGACUGGAUCGUCCUGGAUCUGCCAGGCAACCCUGCCCUGUCAGACAAUGCAGAAAAAACCCCAGAGGAGCUCGAGUGCCCGCUGUGCCUGGUGCGGCAGCCGGCCGAGAACGCGCCGCGGCUGCUCUCGUGCCCGCACCGCUCGUGCGGCGCCUGCCUGCGCCAGUACCUGCGCAUCGAGAUCACCGAGUCGCGCGUCAACAUCUGCUGCCCCGAGUGCAGCGAGCGCCUCAACCCCGCCGACAUCCGCCGCCUGCUCCGCGACUCGCCGCAGCUCGUCGCCAAGUACGAGGAGUUCAUGCUGCGCCGCUGCCUCGCCGCCGACCCCGACUGCCGCUGGUGCCCCGCGCCCGACUGCGGCUACGCCGUUAUCGCCUACGGCUGUGCCAGCUGCCCCAAGCUGACCUGCGAGAGGGACGGCUGCCAGACCGAGUUCUGCUACCACUGCAAGCAGAUAUGGCACCCCAACCAGACGUGCGACAUGGCCCGCCAGCAGCGGGCCCAGGCGCUCCGCGUCCGGACCAAGCACACGUCAGGCCUCAGUUACGGGCAGGAAUCCGGGCCGGCCGACGACAUCAAGCCGUGUCCCCGCUGCAGCGCCUACAUCAUCAAGAUGAACGACGGCAGCUGCAACCACAUGACCUGCGCCGUGUGCGGCUGCGAGUUCUGCUGGCUGUGCAUGAAGGAGAUCUCGGACCUGCAUUACCUCAGCCCCUCUGGCUGUACGUUCUGGGGCAAAAAGCCAUGGAGCCGUAAAAAGAAGAUUCUCUGGCAGCUGGGCACGUUGAUCGGCGCUCCCGUGGGAAUCUCUCUCAUUGCUGGCAUUGCCAUUCCCGCUAUGGUCAUUGGCAUCCCGGUGUAUGUUGGGAGGAAGAUCCACAGUAGGUAUGAGGGAAAGAAGACAUCCAAGCACAAGAGGAACUUGGCCAUUACCGGUGGGGUCACCUUAUCUGUCAUUGCGUCCCCCGUCAUUGCUGCGGUCAGUGUCGGUAUUGGAGUCCCCAUCAUGCUGGCUUACGUGUAUGGAGUUGUGCCCAUCUCGCUGUGCCGGGGUGGUGGCUGCGGAGUUAGCACAGCCAACGGCAAGGGCGUGAAGAUAGAGUUUGAUGAAGACGAUGGACCUAUCACAGUGGCUGAUGCCUGGCGAGCCCUGAAGAACCCCAGCAUCGGUGAGAGCAGCAUCGAGGGGCUGACGAGCGUGCUGAGCACCAGCGGCAGCCCCACCGACGGGCUCAGCGUCGCGCCGGGCAACUACAGCGAGACGGCCAGCUUUGCUGCCCUCUCCGGCGGCACCCUGAGCGGCGGCGUCCUCUCCGGGGGCAAGGGCAAGUACAGCAGGCUGGAAGUGCAGGCAGAUGUCCAGAAGGAGAUUUUCCCCAAAGACUCUGUUAGCUUGGGGGCUAUCAGCGACAACGCCAGCACUCGAGCCAUGGCCGGCUCCAUCAUCAGCUCCUACAACCCCCAGGACAGGGAGUGCAAUAACAUGGAGAUCCAGGUGGACAUCGAAGCCAAACCAAGUCACUACCAGCUGGCCAGCGGCAGCAGCACGGAGGAUUCUCUGCACGUCCACACCCAAAUGGCAGAGAAUGAGGAAGAGGACGAGGAGGAGGAGGAUGAGGAGGAAGAGGAUGGCGAGCGGGAGCAGACGUGCAAACACCAAAGCUGCGAGCCAAAGGACUGCCUUGCCAGCCAAACGUGGGACAUCACCCUGGCCCAGCCCGAGAGCAUACGGAGCGACCUGGAGAGCUCGGACAGCCAGUCGGAUGACGUGCCCGACAUCCCAUCGGACGAGUGCGGCUCGCCCGGCCCUCCGCCCGCGCCGGGCCGCCCGGCCCGCGCCAGCGCUGCCGAGAGCCCAAGUGCCCCCCUGAGCCACUGUGCCCACGCAGAGGGCUACCGGCUCGAGGAAAUGGUCAAACUGGAGUGCAUCGAGGCCAGAGUAUGAGGGGCCUCCCGCGAGCGGCGCUCGCUCCCGGGGCGUCUUUCGGGACGGCGCCGUGGCCGUGUCGCCUUCUGCUUGCAGUCCUCCGGUUGCCUCCCCAGCCUCGCCUUGGGGAGCUGCUGUUUCGUACGUGACAAAAGGAAAACCGUCCCCCCCACACCCUCUUUUUGUUUUAAUUUAUUGGUUCAAGCGCUCUAUAGUGCUCUGUGAGGUGCGUCAGAGUGUAAAUAUGUACGUGUGUCUGUAUGUCUGCAAACAUCCUCAAGGACUGUUUGAAUAAAGACUCUGGUUGUCAUUCGA